ACAAUGCACCUGCCGUUAUUUUCGGGGGUCAGUAACGGAGGAAGAGAACGCGUUGUUCAGACUGGGACAUGGGACUAAUACUCCCUCGUGCACAGAUAGAAGAGGCACACCUGGAGUUUAGUGUUGCGUAUCUGAACUGGAGUUUACCGUUCCGUAUCUGAACUGGAGUUUACCGUUCCGUAUCUGAACUGGAGUUUAUCGUUCCGUAUCUGAACUGGAGUUUACCGUUCCGUAUCUGAACUGGAGUUUACCGUUCCGUAUCUGAACUGGAGUUUAUCGUUCCGUAUCUGAACUGGAGUUUACCGUUCCGUAUCUGAACUGGAGUUUACCGUUCCGUAUCUGAACUGGAGUUUAUCGUUCCGUAUCUGAACUGGAGUUUACCGUUCCGUAUCUAUGGAUUACGUCUGAGACGCAGCUUCUUCCCGUGAGGCAGAGGGGUGUGGUGGUAAUCAACCGACUAGAGGAGAAUGUGUAUGUGAGAGAGCAGCAUGCAGUCGGCUCCGGCAGGUUUGUGGGACCCCCAUGGACCCCAGUCUAAAGAUGUCUCCUCUCUCCCCGUACACACACCCUCCGCCUCUCGCCUCUCCCAUGUGACCGCUGCACCACCGACUAAGAGAAUCACUUUCUACAAGAGCGGCGACGCUAAGUUUGCGGGAGUGAGGAUGGCCGUCCACAAACGCAGCUUCAAAUGCUUCGACGCACUACUGGACGACCUGUCACAGAAGGUGCCCCUGCCGUUUGGAGUACGUACAGUCACCACCCCCAGAGGAAUCCACAGUAUUAAACAUCUAGAGCAGCUGGAGGACGGUGGGUGCUACCUCUGCUCUGACAGACGGCAGGCUAAACCAAUCAACAUAGAGCUGGCUGGCAAACGUCCCGCCCUCUGGCACCACAACAGUCGAAGAGUGCCACAGCGACCAGCAGAAGACCCUCCUCCUCCCAGUGCUCCAAGCCACGCCCCAACACGGCAGCGACGCAUCCUAUUGGUCAGGAACAGCGACCCUGCAGUGAGGAGGAGUGUGAUUCUGAGUCGCCGCUCGGCCCGGAGCCUCCGAGUGUUUCUGGAGGGCAUCUCGGAAAUUAUGCAGUGUCACGUCAGGAAAUUAUACACACUGGAGGGACGCAAGAUUGACAGUGCACAGAGCCUGAUGACGUGUCCAGGUGUGUUGGUGUGUGUAGGUCGAGAGCCCUUCAGACCUCUACUCCUGAACUAUGUAGCCAAGCACUCUGAGGAGAAACUACCUGGACUGGGGACGCGGUCACCUGGCAAUGGGGCCCGGUCUCCCGGUACUGGGGCCCGGUCACCUCGUAAUGGUCAGGGAGCUCGGUCACGGUCUAGUGUCUGCAGCGAAGGACAUGGCAGCAAGAAGAACGUGAACUUUGGUCUGGAGACUAAGAAGACCAUCAUCCAUCCUCUCUCAGACUCUUCCAACCGCUCCACCCGCUUCUCUCUGUCCUCUGACAAGUCCUACCCUAAUGGCCUCAGCAGCCAAGGUGGCAAGGAGGCGGUGCUUAACGAUGACAUCGAGAAACGGGUACUGGUGAACAAAGACGGCAGCCUGUCUGUGGAGAUGAGGGUGCGGUUUCGUCUCCAUAACGACGAGAGGCUCCAGUGGUCCACGGAGAUUAAGAAGUCUCCCUCUGACUCUCUGACCAAUGACUGCUGUCCCCUCAGGGAAGCCCCGCCCUGCUUCCUACAGCAAGGCCAAUCAGAAAGCUGCUCAGACCCUGACUCCGCCUCCUGUGUUGUUGAAGCUGCCGACUACACCCCCAAGCCUCCACAGCGCCCCCUGGAGGAGCCACAGUCACAUUAUGCCUGCUGCUUCCAGAGACAGGAGUAUGACCUUUGGGAGAACCCCGCCCACAUCCAGACUUCUAAGCACUCACACUCCAGGGUUAGACACACCCACUCCUCAAGCUCCUCCUCCUCCUGCCGCUCCAGCAAGUUGGUGAGGAGGCGUGCGACCCACAGGGAGUGCUCAGAGCUCGGAAGGGUUGUAAAUGGAAUGGUGGAGGUGUGUACAGUCAGCAGCAGCUGCAGCCACAGCGAACUUAACCUUGGUGCCACAGACAACCAGGGGGAGGAGCGUCCUCUGUCUUGCUCCUCCCAUGUGCUCCAAGCACUUCAGGACGAUGUGGAUGACCUCCCUCCCAGCGUCUCACGCUGCUGCCAUAGCAACGACCCCCCACAAGCCCUCCCCUUGACCCCACAGCCUCCCAGCCCUAUGUCUACUUCCUCCAGGAGCAGAAAACACACCCCUGCCCUACAGGGAGAGGAGAGGGGGAGAAAAACCUCCUCCCGGCGUUCUAGUAACUCGUGCUCCUGCUGCAGAGGAGAAGUCACCCCUAAGGCCGACGAGGAGAGAGUGGACAGCUCGUUGUCGAAGGCCAGCCAAGCUUCCCACAGAUCCAGAUCUCCCUCCAAUAGAAUCAGGAUCCCUGUGGCUCCAGAGGAGGGAGAUGAUGAAGCUGAGCAGGGUGGGAAGAGGGCAGUCAGCGUCUCCGGUGGCUCAGGGGGGUCCAUUGGGUCAGUGGGGUCUAUAGGCUCCAGUGUAUGUUCUCACUGUGGGGGGUGUGACCAAGGUUACGACCCUGUGUCCUGCCACUCACAGAAGUCACAUAGGUCAAAGCGAUCUCAAGAAGAAGAAGAGGAGGAGAGGUCAGGGAGAGGACUCUCAGGUGGCUCAGACGAGUGUGGAUUUUCUCAGAGGACCAACAAGUCCAACUGUACCCACUUCUACCAAGACGGCCGAGCAGCCAGCAUGAUGUCACACAUGUCUCUGCCCGAGGAGGGAGAAGAUACAGGGCCGGAGGGAGAGGAUACAGGGAAGGAGGGAGAGGUAGAGGUUGGAGAGAAAAUAGAGGAAGGGGAGAAAGACGAGAGAGCAGCCAAUGUCCUCUCAGCCAAAUCCUUCUCUUCAGUCAAGGGCAGGACCUCCAGAACCUCCCAGAAGUCUAAGGCCUCAGAAUCCCUUGCAGACAUGGAGGAACAAAUGGAAGAACCGAUGGAGGGAGAAGAGAAAGAGGGAAAGGUAGAAGAUGGAUCAGAGCAGAGAGCAGCAAGCAUUAUGUCAGUUAAAUCUAAUCUCUCAGCCAAGUCCAGCAGGUCUCAUACAUCUACCUGUAGCAAAGCAGAUGGGUCCACCAAAGCUUCAGAGAGGGCAUCGUCUCCCAGAUCAGAACCAGACGUCGCUGAGGAUACAGGAGCAGCAGAGACAGAGGAGAGAGGAGCCAGUGUUAUGUCAGCUAAAACUAACACUUCAGCAAAUUCCAGCAGACCCCAUAAGUCUACCAAAAGUCCUAAUGCUGGGGCUGCUUCUGCCAGCUCUGAAACACCUGACAUCAAUGCUAUUGAGACAACAGGUGAAGGUGAAGAGGAAGAAGUGGGAGAGAAAACAGAUGAGAGGUUAGAGAGCUCCAUGUCUGUUAGAUCUAACCUCUCAGCAAAGUCUCUUAGGUCCUGUAAGUCUACCUGCAGCAAAGCAGAACAGGUCCUUUCCGCCUACUCACCAGAGGUACCAGCUACUGAACCUGAACCUACUGGAGAGGAUGAGGGAGAGGAGAGAGCAACGAUCUCCACGUCUGUUAAAUCUAACCUCUCAGCCAAGUCCAACAGGUCUCAUAAGUCAACCUGCAGUAGGAGUAUUAGAGUUGUUUCUCCAAAACCAGCAGCGAGUGAAACUCUAGUCAACGAUCCAGCAGACGUGGUUGCAGCGGGUGCAUUGUCAGCUAAAACCAAUGCAUCAGCAAAGUCCCGUAGGUCUUGUAAGUCUACAGGAGAUGAUGAGGGAGAGGAGAGAGAAGCAAGAGCCAUGUCAGCUAAAACGAGGGCUUCUAUCAAGUUCAGCAGGACCCACAAGUCUGCCUGUAAAGCUGCCUCUCCAAAGCCAGCCGCAUGUGAAACUCCUGUCAACGAUCCAGAGGAGAAAACAGAGGGAGAGAAGACAGCGAGUGCAUUGUCAGCUAAAACCAGUGCUUCUGUCAGAUCUAGCAGGUCUCACAAGUCUACCUGUAGUAGGAGUGUUAGGGCUGAGACACCUGUUGCUAAAGAUAUCCCUGCUAUUGAAACAACAGAGGGGGAUGAGAAUGGAUCUGCUGCAGCCGGAGAAACAGAGGAGAGACAGCGAGCGCCAUUUUGGAUAACAAUAAUGCCUCAGUGCAAAGCAGAACGGGCCCCUUCCUCCAACUCACCAGAGGUGCCAGCGACUGAGCCUGAACCUACUGGAGAUGAUGAGGGAGAGAAGAGAGCAGCAAGUGCCACGUCAAAGUCCAGCAGGUCCCUCCAGUCUACCUGCAGUAGGAAUGUCUGGGCUGAGACUCCGGGGACUAAAGACAUCCCUGUUAUUGCGACGACAGGGGGAGAGGAGAUGGUUGACGAUACAACUGCUGCUGGAGACACAGAGGAGAGACCGCCGAGCGCCAUCUCAGCUAAAACCAGUGCUUCAGUCAAGUCCAGCAGGUCUCAUAAAUCUACCUGCAGCAGGAGGGCUGAGAGUCAAAGAUCUCAACCAGCCGAUGUCCCUGUUAUUGAAACAACAGGAAGAGAAGAGGUCGGAGAGAAGAAAGAGAGAGCAGACAGUGUCAUGUCAGCUAAAUCUAAUGCUUCAGCAAUGUCCCGCAAGUCUAACAGGCCCACCUGUAAUGGAAGUAGUAGAGCAGUCUCUCCAGUGGUUCAAGAUGUUCCUGCUAUCGAGACGACAAGUGGAAAAGAACACAGAGACAAAUCCACCGCCUCUGUCAAGACCAACAGGUCUCAUAAGUCGUCCAGUGGUAGGAGGACUGAAACUCCAACUGCAGAACAAGCUGAUGUUAAUGAGACCACCGGAAGGGACGAGAAGGGAGAGGGGACAGAGAGACCAGCGAGUGCCAUGUCGACUAAAUAUAGUGCUUCAGCAAAGUCCAGCAAAUCUCACAAGUCCACCUGUAAUAGUGGAAGUGCUAGAGCGAUCUCUCCAGCACCUAAAACAGCAGACGUCCCUGCCAUUGAAACAACAGGGGUUGACAGGGAGGGAGAGAAAACAGAGGAGAGACCAGCUAGCGCCAUGUUGGCUAAAUCUUACAUCUCAGCUAAGUCCAGUACAUCUCAUACGUCUAAUGGUAGUAACAGAAGUACGUUUCUGCACCUGAAAAAAGAGAGAGGUGAGAGAGGUGUUAGACCUGCCCCCAGCACUACAGGAAAUGACCUUGAGACAGGCAGUGUGAAAUCUGCAAAACCCAAAAGAAACGCAGAUUCCUCCACCAGACCCCUCUCCACAGCAUCACAGGCCAAUGCUAAAUCCACCAAUCAGACACCGCCUGCCACCACCGAGACCAAAGAGGAGUCUCAAAGUCAUGCCACGAGCCGACCUGCCAGCACGGCUGCACACAGAGAUGAUGAUGUCAGAGAUCAUGUCACAGAGAAGAAAGCUCCCAGCGUACAUUCUAAGAGCCCUGCUAAAGCAGAAGGAGACUCAAGAGCGGCUUCCUUCGCCCGCUCCACCAGGUCAAAGGUGAAAGUUCAGAAGGCCAGCGAGGCCCAGGACGAUGAGAUGCCAGAGACAAGGGCCUCCUUAAUGCAAGUGAAAGGUCACAGGGUUAAAGCUCAGAGUGACACGGGCAGCGUUCACUCCGUGAAAACCUCCAAAACGGAUAAGAUUGUGAUAAAAGGGAAUUCCAAACCAAAGUCGGCCCAAGCGGGAAACACUACCUCCCAGUCCUUCAAUCCCCCUGAGGGCUCCAGACCCGCCAUCCAGCUGGCCCUGCAGGGUCAAAGGUUAGCAUCCCUGAUAGUGGGAAGAGGGAAGAGUGGGAGUAGCCAGAGGAGGAGGAAGCUCAAACAGGAAGAGGUGGAGCUAGAGAAGCUGGGUCCCCUCUGUCUGCCCAAAACCUCACCCAUUGACAUAGUCAGUGAUUGGCUGAGAGGCAUCCCUGCUGACAGCGGCAUGGAUAACCCUGAAGAUGAGAUGAACGAGGUAAUUGAAGAGACAGAAGUAAAAAGAGAGGAAGGAGAUGAGAAAGGAGGGGAAACAGAGGGACAAGGAGGAGAGGAGACUGAGGAGAAACAAGAACCGAUUGAAACUACAGAGAUGGAGCAGGAGAACACAGCUGAAACAGGAAAACAGGAAGAGGAAGAGGAGCAGGAGAACACGGCUGAAACAGGACAACAGGAAGAGGAAGAGGAGCAGGAGAAGACGGCUGAAAAAGGACAACAAGAAGAGGAAGAGGAGCAGGAGAACAUGGCUGAAACAGGACAACAGGAAGAGGAAGAGGAGCAGGAGAACAUGGCUGAAACAGGACAAGAGGAAGAGGAGAACACGGCUGAAACAGGAAAACAGGAAGAGGAAGAGGAGCAGGAGAACAAGGCUGAAACAGGACAACAAGAAGAGGAAGAGGAAGAGGAGCAGGAGAACACGGCUGAAACAGGACAACAAGAAGAGGAAGAGGAGCAGGAGAACAUGGCUGAAACAGGACAACAGGAAGAGGAAGAGGAGCAGGAGAACACGGCUGAAACAGGAAAACAGGAUGAGGAAGAGGAGCAGGAGAACACGGCUGAAACAGGACAACAGGAAGAGGAAGAGGAGCAGGAGAACAUGGCUGAAACAGGAAAACAGGAAGAGGAAGAGGAGCAGGAGAACACGGCUGAAACAGGAAAACAGGAUGAGGAAGAGGAGCAGGAGAACACGGCUGAAACAGGACAACAGGAAGAGGAAGAGGAGCAGGAGAACAUGGCUGAAACAGGAAAACAGGAAGAGGAAGAGGAGCAGGAGAACACGGCUGAAACAGGACAACAGGAAGAGGAAGAGGAAGAGGAGCAGGAGAACACGGCUGAAACAGGACAACAGGAAGAGGAAGAGGAAGAGGAGCAGGAGAACACGGCUGAAACAGGACAACAGGAAGAGGAAGAGGAGCAGGAGAACACGGCUGAAACAGGACAACAGGAAGAGGAAGAGGAAGAGGAGCAGGAGAACACGGCUGAAACAGGACAACAAGAAGAGGAAGAGGAAGAGGAGCAGGAGAACACGGCUGAAACAGGACAACAGGAAGAGGAAGAGGAGCAGGAGAACACGGCUGAAACAGGACAACAGGAAGAGGAAGAGGAAGAGGAGCAGGAGAACACGGCUGAAACAGGACAACAAGAAGAGGAAGAGGAAGAGGAGCAGGAGAACACGGCUGAAACAGGACAACAGGAAGAGGAAGAGGAAGAGGAGCAGGAGAACAUGGCUGAAACAGGACAAGAGGAAGAGGAGCAGGAGAACAUGCCUGAAACAGGACAACAGGAUGAGGAAAUAAAGAAGGCUGCCCGGCAACCAGAGGAAGAAGGAGAGGUGAAAGAGGAAGAGGAAGAGAGGGGAGAGGAGGAGGAGGAAGCAGCAGUGGGGGAGAAGGAGAAGAAAGAUAAAGAAGAAGAGGAGGUGAAAAAAGAAGAAGAGGGGGAGGUGGGAGCAGAGGAGGAGGGAGAGUGCUCUGAGUGUGCUGACUGCUGCCCUGACCCAGCCCCACCCAACAAUGACAUCAGUUCUCCUUGUCAUCGCCACCUGUUCCUCAGUAGAGAGUCAGAGCUGCCUUGGAGCUGCCACUCAUCUGUGGCAGUAAUGAAGGUUUUACUGAACCCUACACUGGGCCGGUGCAGCUCCCUACCCGAGAUAAGUCCAGUGUACGGACGCAGACUGAGCUCCUCUGCUAAAGGUCUGCUGGACUGUCUGGCCCAGCUGCAGCUCAUCGACCCACCCCCUUCUCCAGCUGCAGCCCCAGGCCCUGACCGGGACCAGCGGUACCAAGAGGUCAUGGAUAUACUAGAGUCACUGUGGCUGUCUAAGCCUGACCUCGAGAAGAGGAAGGAGGGAGAGACAGAGGAGAAGGAGAGGCUAAAAGAUUCUGGUGUGGACCUGAGCAGCGGCUCAGCAGGGUCUGGGGGUUCUGGGAAGACCAGACCAGAUGAACCUGCGGGUGACAUCACUCUCAUAGCGAAGGGAGAAGGAGGGGAAGGAGGAGGAGAGGGGGAGACAGAUGGAGGAGGAGGAGGAGAGGGAGAGACAGAUAGAGGAGGAGAGGGAGAGGGAGAGACAGAUGGAGGAGGAGAGGGAGAGAUAGAUGGAGGAGGAGAGGGAGAGAUAGAUGGAGGAGGAGAAGGAGAGACAGAUGGAGCAGGAGAGGGGGAGGUAGGAGAGGGAGAGACAGAUGGAGGAGGAGAGGGAGAGACAGAUGGAGGAGGAGAGGGAGAGAUAGAUGGAGGAGGAGAAGGAGAGACAGAUGGAGCAGGAGAGGGGGAGGUAGGAGAGGGAGAGACAGAUGGAGGAGGAGAGGGAGAGACAGAUGGAGGAGGAGAGGGAGAGAUAGAUGGAGGAGGAGAAGGAGAGACAGAUGGAGGAGGAGAGGGGGAGACAGAUGGAGGAGGAGAGGGAGAGACAUAUGGAGGAGGAGAGGGAGAGAUAGAUGGAGGGGGAGAGGGAGAGACAGAUGGAGGAGGAGAGGAAGCAACAUCAGCAGAGCUGCUUUCAGACGCGGCUACCCCAGACAUCGCCAGCCAAGUGCAGAGCAGCCCAGGGGAGGAUGAGUCGUCCCCAGAGUCGCCCCCAGGGACAGGUGAGAUGCUGCAGACCCUUGAGAGACUCAAAACCCCAGGGAGCCCAUCCUCUUCAGACAGCACAGCCUACAAAUCCCCCACUGACACAGAGACAGACACCCCGGAGGACACCCCCAACUCAGGGACACCCCCGUCAGUCCAGCGAGCGCUGCUCACCAAGCGUGUCUCCCAGGACCCUGACCCGGUCUGGGUUCUCAACCUGCUGAAGAAGCUGGAGAAACAGUUCAUGACCCACUACGUGGACGCCAUGGCCGAGUUAAAGGUGCGUUGGGACCUAGACAACAAUGUGAUGUUGGACACUAUGAUCACUGAGCUGAGAGAUGAGGUGAAGAAGAGGAUCCAGAUGAGCAUUGAUCGUGAACUGAGGAAGAUUCGGGGACGGGCGGGCCGGGGGCCGCGACCCCCUAACAUGUCCCGGGAGUCAACCGUAACAGACCAGAGGAGGCGGAGGUUGAAGGUCAUGAAGGUCCAGUCGGUAAACGAGAGUGAUGGAGAGCAGGGUUCAGGCGAUGUUAGCGACCAGCGCAGUGAGGACGAGUACUGUCCCUGCGACGCCUGCAUACGGAAAAAGGCGGAGGACAAGGCAAUCAAAAUGGAGGCUGUGGUUGCCAAGGCGCCGGUGAUGAUGGCGUUUGAUCUGCGUAAGAUCCUGCAGAUGAAGAAAGACACAGAGUCUCCGGCACCCCCUAGCCCCACACAGGGGAAGAACAAUGACAAACUGGAAGAGGAGGAGGAACAGGUUGGGAAUCUAGAGGUGGUACAGGAAGACGAGGAAGAGGAGGAGAGAAAGGAGGAUAUUUUACCAACUGUUAUAGAGGAAGAUAUCUCUGAGAAGGAAGAGGAAGGAGUGACUGGGGGAGAGGAGGGAGAGGAGGAGGGACAGGAGAGUCACGGAGCUGAGUCUCUGAUGGGUGAAGUAGAGGAGGAAAUAGCUGAGGAGAUAGGGGCUGAAGAACAGGAGGAGGAUGGAGUGGUAGAGGGAACUGAGGAUGAGGAGGAAGAGGCAGGGGAAGGAGAGACGGGGUGUGAAAGUGCAGGAGAAGAUGGUGUGGAGGGGGCGGAGACUGGGGAGGGGGAGGAGUUAGUAGAAGGGGAGGAGGAAGAAGCAGGGGAAGCUGAAGCAGGAGAUCAGGAAAAAGCUGGAGGAGAUGAAGCAGGAGAUCAGGAGGAAGCUGCAGGAGAUGAAGAGACCGGAGUAGCGGGAGAGACAGGGGGAGAGGAGAAGACUCCUGAGGAAGAAACAGAGGUUAAUGUGGGGGUGUCAGCAGAGGAUGGGGAAGAGGGAGGAGAGGAAGAGGUGCAGUUGAAUGCUGUGGCGGAGUUUAAUCCUGAAGACGAGGAGGGUGAGGAGAUGGAGGGAAAUAGAGAAAUCCCUCUGAUCCACCAGAUGACCAGAACCUCUGUGGAGUCCCAGCCAGGAUCAAUGGAGAACACAGACCCGGAGCCCAGGGCAUCAGACCCAGUUUCACAAAUGUGCUCCUUAACCCUGAUUGAGCCCAAUGAACCUGUCUCUGAUGGACACCAGAUGGCAUCUGCGGGGGAAGGGUCAGGGGGGAAAGGCCAGAGGAGGAGCCGAUCUCCAGCCAGAACCAAACGCAGGAAACCAAAAGAGAACGGCAUAGAACUGGAUGUCCUAGAUCUGUAACCCUCACAGGACAUAGAACUGGGCGUCCUAGAUCUGUAACCCUCACAGGACAUAGAACUGGACGUCCUAGAUCUGUAACCCUCACAGGACAUAGAACUGGACGUCCUAGAUCUGUAACACUCACAGGACAUAGAACUGGACGUCCUAGAUCUGUAACCCUCACAGGACAUAGAACUGGACGUCCUAGAUCUGUAACACUCACAGGACAUAGAACUGGACGUCCUAGAUCUGUAACCCUCACAGGACAUAGAACUGGACAUCCUAGAUCUGUAACCCUCACAGGACAGACUGAGUCACAGAAAGCACUUUAUAAUCUCCUCUCUGAGUUAGGAAUAUCUAUAUGGGAGGUAAUGCACAGGUUUCUGCCAGGUCAGAGUGGCAUAUACUCAUUAUUUUAAUAGAAGGGUUUAACUGAAACUUGGAACAAUCAUAGUAUUGUACGAACCAUAAGAUAUCAUGAAAUGUAUAUUUGUAUAUUUCAAAAAACAAAUUAUAUGUAUGUAUGAUUUUAUUUUCACGGAGGGCUGUAUAUUCUCUACUGUAUAGAGGGGUGUAUAUUCUCUACUGUAUAGAGGGGUGUAUAUUCUCUACUGUAUAGAGGGGUGUAUAUAAUCUCUACUGUAUAGAGGGGUGUAUAUUCUCUACUGUAUAGAGGGCUGUAUAUUCUCUACUGUAUAGAGGGGUGUAUAUUCUCUACUGUAUGGAGGGGUGCAUUUACUCUACUGUAUGGAGGGGUGUAUAUACUCUACUGUAUGGAGGGGUGUAUAUUCUCUACUGUAUAGAGGGGUGUAUAUUAUCUACUGUAUAGAGGGGUGUAUAUACUCUACUGUAUGGAGGGGUGUAUAUACUCUACUGUAUAGAGGGGUGUAUAUUCUCUACUGUAUAGAGGGGUGUAUAUUAUCUACUGUAUGGAGGGGUGUAUAUUCUCUACUGUAUAGAGGGGUGUAUAUUCUCUACUGUAUAGAGGGGUGUAUAUACUCUACUGUAUAGAGGGGUGUAUAUUCUCUACUGUAUAGAGGGGUGUAUAUACUCUACUGUAUAGAGGGGUGUAUAUACUCUACUGUAUAGAGGGGUGUAUAUACUCUACUGUAUAGAGG